UUAGAGGAGGAAUACAGAAAAAAAUAUUCUGAACCAAUGGACUGCGGACAUAGUACAGGAAAUGACCAGAGACUGCGGACAUAGUACAGGAAAUGACCAGAGACUGCGGACAGUACAGGAGAUGACCAGAGACUGCGGACAUAGUACAGGGGAUGACCAGAGACUGCGGACAGUACAGGAGAUGAACAGAGACUGCGGACAUAGUACAGGAGAUGACCAGAGACUGCAGACACAGUACAGGAGAUGACCAGAGACUGCGGACACAGUACAGGAGAUGACCAGAGACUGCGGACAUAGUACAGGAGAUGACCAGAGACUGUGGACAUAGUACAGGAGAUGACCAGAGACUGUGGUCAUAGUACAGGAGAUGACCAGAG